AUGAGCACUAUAAAUCGACCCGUAACUGCAUUAAUUUACCCACGCGGUACAUGUAAAGCUCAGACUUUUUAUUUUCGUGGUGAUGAUAUACAUAAAGAACCGGAAUUUUUAGAUAACAAAUUUCGUUCUGCAAAAAUUCAGUACGAUCGAGCAAAAACAGAGUUAGAUGAAGAAAAGCAGCAAUAUGAGAAGGUUCAAGCAGAAUUAGCCAAGAGAGAAGGAUACACAGUGACGUUAGCCUCUGCUUUAGGUGAUGAGUCCAAUCAAACAGAAGAAAACGCUAAAUUAAGAACUCAAAUUACAAAACUACAAGAUGAAAUCGAAAAAUUUGAUAAUGCUAUUUCUGAAGCAAAAGAUCAGCAGCAUCCAGGCUUAUUAGCGCAAUUACAAAAAGAAAGAACAUUUUACAACGCUGAGAUAGAAGAUUUACGUAUCAGUAUCUUCACUGGAAUUGAUAAUAUUCGUAAUGAUAAGGAGCAAAUUGCAAAAAUUGUUACAUCAAAGGAAUAUACCGAUGCGAGUAUGGUUAAAAGUGAUAGAAUGGCAUUUCAGAAGUUCUACAGUCAACUCAGAACAAAAAUGGAUAAACAAUUUGCAGAAUUCAGUGCCAAACAAGCCGAAUCUGCAAAGCAAAGGCAAAUUCGCGUUAAACUACCUCCAUCAAUUGAUCCACUUUGUACCCAGCGCAAUAAUGCAAUCUUAGAAAAAGAAGAGGUUAUUCGAAACAAAGAAUUUGCUGAAUUACGCAAGAAACUUACAGCUCAAGUCUUAUUAGACCAACUUGAGACAAUGAAUCAAACAAUUAUAGCAUUGGGUGGCGAACCAGUUGAUAUCGAAGAAAUUCGUGAGAAAUAUGGAGCUCAGCCACAACAGCAGCAAGAAGAAGAGGCUAAGGAACAACAAUCUACAAAACAGCGUCAAAUUAGAUCUCCUACCAGGACUUCUGCACGAAAUUGGAAAGAUAUUCCGAAGCCAAGGUCUAGAACUGCAUAUUCGACAACAAGGAAAUAG